AUGGCUACCAAACAAUCCCAUCUUGAGGAAGACCUCUCCUGCCCCAUCUGUGGAAGUAUCUUUGAAAAGCCGGUGGUACUGUUUUGCCGGCAUCGCUUCUGUAAACGUUGUCUGGAGAGCCUGUGGAAUGGAGUGGGAUCUUGUGAAUGUCCUCUCUGCUGUCAGCCAUCAUCCAUGGGGGAACUCGUAGUCAACGCCACGCUCGAGAAGACCUGCGAGGGUUUUCUGAAGGAGCGAGCAAAAAACGAUCCGAUGUCAUGCAAGGAGCACGGAGAGAGAUUGAGCCUGUUUUGUCUUGAGGACCUGGAACCCACUUGUGGCAAGUGCAAGUCACUGGGUUACCACAAGGGUCACAGGUUAUAUUCUUUAGAUGAGGCCUCACAAGACUGUAAGGAAGAACUCAAAAGUGCCUUAAAACCACUUCGAGAAAAGCUGAAGCUCUACCAGAAAGCUAAACUCAAUUGUGAGCAAACAACAGAGCACAUUAAGAGUCAAGCAGAUCAAACAGAGAGACAGAUACGAGCAGAGUUCGAGACGCUGCACCAGUUCCUGCGGGACGAGGAGGCAUCCAGGCUUUCCACCUUAAACCAAGAGAAGAUUCAGAAGAGCCAGAUCAUGAAAGACAAGAUUGAAGAUCUGGAAAAUGACAUCACAUCUAUUACCAACACUAUAAGAAGCAUUGAACAGGAGAUGAGAUCUCAGGAUGUACCAUUCCUUAAGAAUUACAAAGAAACCAUCAAAAGAACCUGGCGUAUUCCCCAGGACCCAGACAUGGUAACAGAAUCUCUACUUGAUGUAGCCAAAUACCUGGGGUCACUGAAGUUUAAAGUCUGGGAAAAAAUGAAGGAUAUUAUUACAUACACUCCAGUGAUCCUCGACCCAAACACAGCAGCAAACUGCUUCCUCCUGUCAGAGGAUUUGACCACAAUACAGUGCUGUUCCCAGACCUACGAUCUCCCGGACAACCCCGAGCGCUUUGACGUGGGUGCGGAGGUGCUGGCCAGCGAAGGAUUUAGCGUUGGACGGCACAGCUGGGAUGUUGAGGUGAAAAACAACACCUACUGGGUCAUCGGAGUGGCCAGCACGUCCAUCAACCGGAAAGGAAAGCACGUGCUGACCCCUGCCGAAGGAUUCUGGACCAUUCGACUGCGUAACGGAGAGUACAAAGCCUGUACCGCACCGUGGUCUCCGCUCACUAUGAAUAAGGAGCUGCACGUAGUUAGAGUUGUAUUGGACAUGGACAGAUCCAAACUGGCUUUCUACGACCCACGAGAGAGGACGCCUCUGUUCGCCUUCACAGACAUCAUCACCCCGCAAGCAUUCCCAUACUUCUGCAGCGCUUGCAAAGAGCACCCAUUAAAAGUUUUGCCAGCGAAGCUUUCGGUUAACGUGGACUGACAAGCCUGAAUAUCCCGCUCGGUGGUCGGUGCUUCUCGUCCUGAGCUUUGAGUCUUAUGUUACACGUGAUGCAAAAAUAACACUUGAUGUUUACUGGUUUUGAAUUUUAGAAAACAUGAUAUGUAUAUGGUCUUGGUUUAAAGGGGGCAACACAAAAAGGCCAUAAUUAAGCCCAAACAAAAAAAAAGAAAUGAAAUAUUAAAGUGUAACUAAACCCCUGGUCAGAGCCUGACUCCACCCACUGGCAAUAUUUGAAAAAUGCAAGAAAAGUGGGCAGAUCCCAACGGAGAUAGAGGGGACGAACUAAGCUCGUACCAAGUGUGUGGUGAGAUCGUAACAAGGGCGUGGUGAGCUUGAACCUGCUUACGUCACGAGUCAUUUUUUGGACCCAACAUCCAAUGGGAAAAUUAAACUGCAGUAGCCACCGUUCAACCUGAAGAGGGCAGCACUCAGACGUUUUUACACCAUAUAUUGCAGUAUUGAAACACUUUAUAUCCAAAUGUCAAAAAAAUUACUAAAAUCAAUGAACAGCACUAAUAAAGCAUCAUUCUUACAGAUCAUUAACUAAAAAAGUUGGUUUAGGGUUUAGUUACUCUUUAAACAAAUAUUAAAUAAUACUGAUAACACUUUACAGUAACGUUAUAUUUUUCAACAUUAUUAAAGGCACGGGAUCUCUGAAUGCCAAUGUUGACAUUUGAAAUCACCUAAACACACCCCUACUCCAAUAGCAUCUGGACCUUUUUUUGAUAGACCCGCCAUACACAUACGCAACCCAGGCAACGAUAUCAGUUAGUAGACACGCCCCUUACUGCUGAUUGGCCACAAGUGUGUUUUGGAAUUCGGCCCCAAUCCCUUUUCUAAAGUGCUUUUCAAAAAUCAUGCACCCUGCCUUUAAAUGCACUGGCUAACAUGAACUCAAAAAGUAGUUUUUAACAUUUAUUAAAACAAUUAAAUUGUUUAUUUGUUUCUAGGUAGUAAACUAAUGUUAACAGUUACACCUUUUGAUUUUCUUUAGAUUUCUAAGGUUAAUAAAUGCUGUAGAAGUAUUGUUCAUUGUUAGUUGAUAUUAUGGAGUUUCUGUAACUAAUGUUCAUUAAAGAAACUGGUAACACUUUACAAUAAGGUUGUAUUAGUAAACAUUUAUAAAUAAUGUAAGUGACUCAUGUUAAUUCAGUUAUGCAUGUUAGUUCAUGGUGCAUUAACUAAUGUUUGCAUUUAACUUUUGAUUUUACAAAUGUAUUACACAUGUAUACAUAUGUUUAUGUUAGCUAAUGCAUUAAUUAAGUAAGAGAUGAUAGGCAGCAGGUUGUUAUCGCAAAAAUAAGUGAAUCUUGAGGAAAACCAAAAACGUUUUAAGAUAAGACAAUAGACGUUAAAAUGUCACAAACACACUAUUUUGGUUGGAUCAUUUGUAAAUAUAAUGUCAUAUAUGUUAUGAAAACAUAUUCAUAUAUUUAUUUUUGUGUAAUAUUAAACUGUACCUAUCCAAA